CACCUCCAUCACCAUUUUCACUUCUUUCUUCUCUCAGAAAACAUCACACAGUGUUUCAACAAUCAAAGCUCAAAACCUGCAAAAGAUCAUCAACAAGUUCAAUCCAAUGGCAGCAGUACUCGCAUCUACCAUGCCUGAUGACUCUUCCUUUGAUGUAGACAAGCUCACUUAUGAAAUCUUUUCAAUCCUAGAAAACAAGUUUCUCUUUGGUGGAUAUGAUGAUCCAAAGCUCUCCAAGAACACUCACCAAGUCCCAAUUCAAGAACAACUUAAGCCCACCAAACAGUUCAAUGGUGGUAAGGUCAGGAUCCUCUCCAUUGAUGGAGGAGGUGCCACUAAUGGAAUUCUUGCUGCUAAGUCUUUGACAUACCUUGAGUCUUGCCUUCGUCAAAAGUCAGGCAAUCCUAAUGCCUCUGUUUCUGAUUACUUUGACGUUGUUGCCGGCUCUGGUUCUGGUGGUGUUUUGGCUGCCUUACUCUUCACUCGGGGCAAAAAUGGACGCCCUAUGUUUACAGCCGAAGAAGCUUUGAAUUUUCUUGUCAAGAUUAAUAAGAAGAUGAACAGAUCACAAGGGGUUUUCGGCAAAUUGUUUGGUUCUGCGAAAGCAGAGAAAGUUUUCGCAAAAACUUUCGGAGAACUAACUUUGAAGGAUACAAUCAAAUCUGCUCUGAUACCAUGUUACGAUCUUUCAACACACGCACCAUUCUUAUUUUCUCGUGCUGAUGCAUUGGAAAUGGAUGGAUAUGAUUUUAAAAUGAGUGAUGUCUGCCUUGCAACUUCAGCUGAUCCAACAAUGAUUGGGGCCGUGGACAUGCGGUCAGUCGACAAGAGGACUAAAAUUGUGGCUAUUGAUGGUGGGAUUGCCAUGAACAAUCCAACAGCUGCGGCAAUCACUCAUGUCCUGAACAAUAAGCAGGAGUUUCCACUCUGUAAUGGGGUGGAGGAUCUUUUGGUGGUGUCACUUGGAAAUGGAGAGUCAGAUUUCGGUUAUCAGAAUCAGAAUUCGACACCUGCAAGAUUUGUCAGGAUAGCUGGAGAAGGAGCAUCUGACAUGGUUGAUCAAGCUGUUUCAAUGGCGUUUGGUAACUGUCGGACCAGCAAUUAUGUUCGAAUUCAGGCAAAUGGGAUUAUUGCUAAAAAGCAUGGAAUUGCGGAUAAAUCAAUGAAAUCCAACAAGAAGGCAGAUUUAUUGGCAAUGACAGAAGAGAUGUUGGCACAGAAAAAUGUGGAGUCUGUGUUAUUUGAAGGGAAGAAGAUGGUUGAGAGCACAAACUUCGACAAAUUGGAGACAUUUACUGGAGAGCUAAUCAAGGAGCAAGAGAGGAGAAAAACAAGCAUUUUACCAACAGUGGUGUUGAAGCAGAACUCACCCUCACCAAGAACAUCAUCUGCCACAACUCUUUCAACAUUAUCUUCAUAUUGAUCAGUAGAUUUGUUAAAUUAAUAUCUUAAUUUGAGAGAGAAACAAAAUUAAAUGCUUUUGCUGCCGCUCGUGAUGAUUGAAGACAUCCGAGAUUGAGCUGAGCUAAGCUUCUGAGUGCAAUUGCAAAUUCUUUCGGUUUAGCAUGUAUAGUUUUAUACUAUAAUUUAGAGGUGUUUGUGUAUAGUAUGGAAUUGUGAGAUUACUUGUUGCAAAAUUAGAGGGAUUAAUGCAAUUAGAGUUGCUAGCUUGCCGAUGUUAUGUAAUUUUUGAUGGAUUGAGCCACUUUGCGUAUUUCGUUGUUAGUCUUGGUGUGAUUUGAUUUUUGAUUAGAUUGAAAAUUUGCUAA